AUGUCAGCCCCCAUAAAAAAUUUGUUUGUAAACAUUGGAAAGAGUUUUAUUUGUCGACGAUGCACGAGAGCAUUGACAAGUCUAUCUUAUCCAAAGAAACUUCUGAUUGGAUCAUUACCAACAUUCACAGUACAAAAUAUCAUACCUCAAAAUCUUGAAAACGAAUUGAAAAAGGAAUCUGAUAAGGAGAACAAAGAUUUAUCAUCAAGUGCUCUUAUAAGAAAUGGAAGUGUAUGGGCUGUUGAUGCUGCUACUUCUAUUUUAACUCAAACCACCACAGCUCUAAUAGAAAUAGAGAAGCAAUAUAUUCAGGCUGUGUAUAAACUGACAGAUAUAUUGAAGUAUAAAAUAUCAGCCUUGAAUAAACCACAUGAAGAACAACUAAUAUGGGAUAUUAUUCUUCAAAGCAGAGGGGAUUUACAAGAAAUAAAGAAGAAAAGAUUGGAAUUGGAGCUACUGUAUACCAGUGUAGAGAAAUUAAUGGAUGUUUCUGCUGAGGUGGCUUAUGCUGCAGGUGCUGAAUAUGCAAGUGUUAGUGCUGGGGAAAGACUGUAUAGCUCACAGAGAGAAAUAGAGAAUUUAAAACUGUUAACAGUAAAUGCAGACAUGGAAUUAAGACAAAUAGAAGCUCAGCUUAUAGAAGAGACCAGCAAACAUGUUGAAAGAGAGGAUCAACGAAAGAAAGACGAAGAAAAACUUCAGAAUGAAAACGAACCAAAUCAUCAAGAUGAUACUUGAAAAUAAAAAAUGUUAUAUCUU